CUGCAGCAACUAUUCUUGUUCUUCUGCUUACCAAACCAUGCAGAUGUCGCUGAUCUUCUACCUCUUCUUUCUCCUGCUUGCUACAGGAGUUUGCUUGUACUGUGAACGCUGCAGUAGCAGCAGCGACUUGUGCACUGGUACGUCGCAUUUGUGCCCAGGAUCUGAAGAUACUUGCCUGAUCUUCACCACAGAGAACACAGUUGGGAAUGACAGAUGGUUAUCCACAUACAAAGGCUGCACCAAGAGAGAGUACUGCCCUCCAACUGCCAUGACCUUCACUUUCCCGAACCAGCGCAAACGGAGAGCCGCCAAGUGUUGUCACAGGGAUCUUUGCAACAGUGGAGCAGUGUCACUGCCACGGCUAGGCACCAGGCCGAAUGGAUUCAAGUGUCCUGGAUGCUUCUCGGAGUCUCCAAAAUGCCCAACUAUUGAGAUAUUAAAUUGCCAUGGCUGGGAACGCAAAUGCGUCUCCUACGAUGUGACCGUGGAACAAGGUGAAGAGAUCUACACUUUCACUAAACGUGGCUGUGGGACCAAGCGCUCCUGUGUGAACGAGCCACUUAUUCUUGGGUUGCCUGGAUCGUACAUAGAAAUGUGGAAGAAAGCCACGUGUGCCCCAGCCCAAAAAGACCUGCAUUAGUAAGGCACUAGUCCCUGAGAACAUAGUUAAAUGUCUGCUGAGGCUUCCCAGCAGAUGCAAUAAUGUUAACAAUAAA